AUGCGUGGAACAAAGAAAUACAGGCAUGUUAUUGAGACGCCAGAUUCCGGCAAGUGGGAGCUGGCGGGGUACGAGGCAACUCUGCCCAUCAGUGAGAAGUCCAACCCCAUCACCAGGGAGCUGGAUAAGGCUGACCCUGUGCAGAUUGUCCAGCUUCUGAAGGAAUGUGAUGCAGAGAUAUUCCAGGAGGAGGACGAAGCCCUGCUCAGCUAUACAAGACUGUACAGUGAGUCAGUGCUGAAGACCAUGAUCAACAUUAUCAGUAAAGUGCAGGAAGUCCUGAAGGACCCAGACAACACCCUUAUCGUGCUGAGUGGCGGGGGCACCUCGGGCAGGCUGGCCUUCCUCAUUGCUGUUUCCUUUAACAAGCUGCUGAAGGGUCUAGGUCAGCUGCCUCGUUACACGUACAUCAUUGCUGGGGGAGACAGAUCCCUAGUGAUGUCCCAGGAGGGACUGGAGGACUGCGCCUUGCUGGGGAUCGAGGAGCUGAGCAAGGUCUGUGAGGGGAAGAAGAAAGUAGUUUUCAUUGGAAUUUCAUGUGGUUUUUCUGCGCCUUUUGUGGCUGGACAGCUGGACUUUUGCAUGAAUAACCUGGACAUCUUCCUGCCAGUCCUGGUGGGAUUCAACCCUGUCAGCAUGGCCAGGAAUGAUAAGAUCGAGGGCUGGCACUCUACCUUCCGCCAGGUGGCUGAGCGGAUGCAGAAGCUGCAGGAGUCACAUAAAGCCUUUAUCCUUAAUCCUGCUGUGGGGCCUGAAGGCAUCAGUGGCUCCUCCCGGAUGAAGGGCGGGAGUGCCACCAAGAUCCUGCUGGAGACCCUGUUGCUUGCAGCACACAAGACAGUCUCCAAGGACACUGACAUCUCAGAGAAGUGCCUCCUGGAAAUCCUGAGGACAUAUGAACGUGCUCACAAAGUCACCUAUGCCCAGAGCAAAAAGAUCGCUGCCUUGGUGAAGCAAGCAGGCACCAGCUUGCAGAAGAAGGCCUGUGUGUACAUGGUGGGCUGGCACACGCUGGGCAUCAUUGCCAUCAUGGACGGUGCUGAGUGUAUCCCAACGUUUGGGGCAGACUAUAAUGACGUGCGAGGCUUCUUGAUUGGGGAUCACAGUGAGAUGUUCAACAAGGAGGCAGAUCUGAUAGCACAGGGCCCGCAGUUCGCCUUCUCUCAGGAGGACUUUGUGAAGACGAUUCUCCCAUCACUGACUGAGCUCGAUACUGUUCUCUUCCUCUUCACGCUGGAUGAUGACCUCGCAGAGGUGGAGAAGCUUGUGGUUCAGGUGAAGGAGAAGACAUCAAAUGUCCAAGCACUUUCUCAUGCCACUGUUGGGCAGUACCUUCCGGCCUCCCUCAAGAAGCUGUUUCCUUCCAUCAUGAGCAUCAUGUGGCCCAUCCUGUUCCUGGAGUAUGAGGGGAAUUUUAUCCAGAAGUUCCAGAGGGAGCUCAGCACCAAGUGGAUCCUCAACACAGUCAGCACCGGGGCCCAUGUCCUCAAGGGCAAAAUUCUUCACAACUACAUGGUGAACCUGAGAAUUAGCAACUCCAAACUCUUCUGGAGGGCGGUGUGCAUCCUGCAGAGGUUCACGGGGCACUCCCAGGCCAGGUGCCUGGAGGGCCUGCUGCAGACCAUAUAUGACCCUGAGGUGCUCUCAGAUGACAUUCGCAAUGCAGAGCUCUCCAAACAUAUUGCCAUAGCAACAGAGAAGAGCAAGGUUGUCCCCACAGCCCUUCUGUGCCUGCUGCGGAACUGCUCAGUACAGGAGGCCCAGCUGCGGCUUGACACCUCCCCGUCCAUCCGAGCAGCCAUUGAGUCCUCACUGAAUGCUCCGGGGCGCAAACGGGGUGCAGACAAAUCAGACUCCACAGGCAGGAGUGCGUAG